GCUGGAACCCUGAGUAUCAGGGAAGGGUGGGGGGUAGUUCAGUGUUCCUCAGAUCUGCCCUGUAGGAAGAGCAACAGUGAGUAGUGGCUGAGUAAUUAGUGAGUAUAGGGGGAGUAUUUAGGUAUCAGUAUCAGUGUAGCUACAGUAAGUACCUGGUGAGUACCUGGUUCUGUGAGUAUCUUGGGGUAAUGAGUAAGAGAGUAUUUAGGUACUCACAGUAUCAGUGUAGCUACAGUAAGUACCUGGUGAGUACCUGGUUCUGUGAGUAUCUUGGGGGUACUGAGUAAGAGAGUAUUUAGGUACUCACAGUAUCAGUGUAGCUACAGUAAGUACCUGGUGAGUACCUGGUUCUGUGAGUAUCUUGGGGUACUGAGUAAGAGAGUAUUUAGGUACUCACAGUAUCAGUGUAGCUACAGUAAGUACCUGGUGAGUACCUAGUUCUGUGAGUAUCUUGGGGGUACUGAGUAAGAGAGUAUUUAGGUACUCACAGUAUCAGUGUAGCUACAGUAAGUACCUGGUGAGUACCUGGUUCUGUGAGUAUCUUGGGGUAAUGAGUAAGAGAGUAUUUAGGUACUCACAGUAUCCGUGUAGCUACAGUAAGUACCUGGUGAGUACCUGGUUCUGUGAGUAUCUUGGGGUACUGAGUAAGAGAGUAUUUAGGUACUCACAGUAUCAGUGUAGCUACAGUAAGUACCUGGUGAGUACCUGGUUCUGUGAGUAUCUUGGGGUAAUGAGUAAGAGAGUAUUUAGGUACUCACAGUAUCAGUGUAGCUACAGUAAGUACCUGGUGAGUACCUGGUUCUGUGAGUAUCUUGGGGUACUGAGUAAGAGAGUAUUUAGGUACUCACAGUAUCAGUGUAGCUACAGUAAGUACCUGGUGAGUACCUGGUUCUGUGAGUAUCUUGGGGUACUGAGUAAGAGAGUAUUUAGGUACUCACAGUAUCAGUGUAGCUACAGUAAGUACCUGGUGAGUACCUAGUUCUGUGAGUAUCUUGGGGGUACUGAGUAAGAGAGUAUUUAGGUACUCACAGUAUCAGUGUAGCUACAGUAAGUACCUGGUGAGUACCUGGUUCUGUGAGUAUCUUGGGGUAAUGAGUAAGAGAGUAUUUAGGUACUCACAGUAUCAGUGUAGCUACAGUAAGUACCUGGUGAGUACCUGGUUCUGUGAGUAUCUUGGGGUACUGAGUAAGAGAGUAUUUAGGUACUCACAGUAUCAGUGUAGCUACAGUAAGUACCUGGUGAGUACCUGGUUCUGUGAGUAUCUUGGGGUACUGAGUAAGAGAGUAUUUAGGUACUCACAGUAUCCGUGUAGCUACAGUAAGUACCUGGUGAGUACCUGGUUCUGUGAGUAUCUUGGGGUAAUGAGUAAGAGAGUAUUUAGGUACUCACAGUAUCAGUGUAGCUACAGUAAGUACCUGGUGAGUACCUAGUUCUGUGAGUAUCUUGGGGGUACUGAGUAAGAGAGUAUUUAGGUACUCACAGUAUCAGUGUAGCUACAGUAAGUACCUGGUGAGUACCUAGUUCUGUGAGUAUCUUGGGGGUACUGAGUAAGAGAGUAUUUAGGUACUCACAGUAUCAGUGUAGCUACAGUAAGUACCUGGUGAGUACCUAGUUCUGUGAGUAUCUUGGGGUACUGAGUAAGAGAGUAUUUAGGUACUCACAGUAUCAGUGUAGCUACAGUAAGUACCUGGUGAGUACCUAGUUCUGUGAGUAUCUUGGGGGUACUGAGUAAGAGAGUAUUUAGGUACUCACAGUAUCAGUGUAGCUACAGUAAGUACCUGGUGAGUACCUGGUUCUGUGAGUAUCUUGGGGUAAUGAGUAAGAGAGUAUUUAGGUACUCACAGUAUCAGUGUAGCUACAGUAAGUACCUGGUGAGUACCUGGUUCUGUGAGUAUCUUGGGGUACUGAGUAAGAGAGUAUUUAGGUACUCACAGUAUCAGUGUAGCUACAGUAAGUACCUGGUGAGUACCUGGUUCUGUGAGUAUCUUGGGGUAAUGAGUAAGAGAGUAUUUAGGUACUCACAGUAUCCGUGUAGCUACAGUAAGUACCUGGUGAGUACCUGGUUCUGUGAGUAUCUUGGGGUACUGAGUAAGAGAGUAUUUAGGUAUCAGUAUCAGUGUAGCUACAGUAAGUACCUGGUGAGUACCUGGUUCUGUGAGUAUCUUGGGGUACUGAGUAAGAGAGUAUUUAGGUACUCACAGUAUCAGUGUAGCUACAGUAAGUACCUGGUGAGUACCUGGUUCUGUGAGUAUCUUGGGGUACUGAGUAAGAGAGUAUUUAGGUACUCACAGUAUCAGUGUAGCUACAGUAAGUACCUGGUGAGUACCUGGUUCUGUGAGUAUCUUGGGGUACUGAGUAAGAGAGUAUUUAGGUACUCACAGUAUCAGUGUAGCUACAGUAAGUACCUGGUGAGUACCUGGUUCUGUGAGUAUCUUGGGGUAAUGAGUAAGAGAGUAUUUAGGUACUCACAGUAUCCGUGUAGCUACAGUAAGUACCUGGUGAGUACCUGGUUCUGUGAGUAUCUUGGGGUACUGAGUAAGAGAGUAUUUAGGUAUCAGUAUCAGUGUAGCUACAGUAAGUACCUGGUGAGUACCUGGUUCUGUGAGUAUCUUGGGGUACUGAGUAAGAGAGUAUUUAGGUACUCACAGUAUCAGUGUAGCUACAGUAAGUACCUGGUGAGUACCUGGUUCUGUGAGUAUCUUGGGGUAAUGAGUAAGAGAGUAUUUAGGUACUCACAGUAUCAGUGUAGCUACAGUAAGUACCUGGUGAGUACCUGGUUCUGUGAGUAUCUUGGGGUAAUGAGUAAGAGAGUAUUUAGGUACUCACAGUAUCAGUGUAGCUACAGUAAGUACCUGGUGAGUACCUGGUUCUGUGAGUAUCUUGGGGUACUGAGUAAGAGAGUAUUUAGGUGCUCACAGUAUCAGUGUAGCUACAGUAAGUACCUGGUGAGUACCUAGUUCUGUGAGUAUCUUGGGGUACUGAGUAAGAGAGUAUUUAGGUGCUCACAGUAUCAGUGUAGCUACAGUAAGUACCUGGUGAGUACCUGGUUCUGUGAGUAUCUUGGGGUACUGAGUAAGAGAGUAUUUAGGUACUCACAGUAUCCGUGUGCAGAUCCCCAGUGUAGAUACAGUGAGUAGAGUCGCUGGGUAUCUGGGGGUACUCGCUGUGCGGAUAGUAACCCCCCCCCGGUG